GACCAUGGGUCACUAGGAAUAGCAGCAUAGAUAGCGGAGAAACAGAAGUGGGGCGCAGGGUCACCCAGGAAGUGCCCCCGGGAGUGUUUUGGCGAUCUCAGAUCCAUAUCAGCCAGCCACAGUUCCUGAAGUUCAACAUAUCCUUAGGGAAGGAUGCUCUUUUUGGUGUUUAUAUAAGAAGAGGACUUCCACCAUCACAUGCCCAGUAUGAUUUCAUGGAACGCUUGGAUGGGAAAGAGAAAUGGAGUGUGGUGGAGUCCCCACGGGAACGUCGAAGUAUUCAGACCCUUGUUCAGAAUGAAGCUGUGUUUGUCCAGUACUUAGAUGUGGGUUUGUGGCACCUGGCAUUUUACAACGAUGGCAAGGACAAAGAACUGGUCUCUUUCAGCACGGUUAUUUUGGACUCGGUGCAAGACUGCCCACGUAAUUGUCACGGGAAUGGCGAGUGUGUAUCGGGUGUCUGCCACUGUUUCCCAGGAUUUCACGGAGCAGAUUGUGCUAAAGCUGCCUGCCCGGUCCUAUGCAGUGGCAAUGGUCAGUACUCUAAAGGCACUUGCUUGUGCUACCGAAAAGGCCCAGAAUGUGUUUUCCCCCCCAGCCAGUGUAUCGAUCCCUCAUGUGGAGGUCAUGGUUCCUGCAUCGAAGGGAACUGUGUCUGUUCUGUUGGCUAUAAAGGAGAAAACUGUGAAGAAGUUGAUUGCUUAGAUCCAACGUGCUCCAACCACGGCGUCUGUGUCAACGGAGAAUGUCUCUGCAGCCCGGGCUGGGGGGGAAUAAAUUGUGAGCUUCCCAGAGCCCAGUGUCCAGACCAGUGCAGCGGGCACGGUACCUACCUGUCCGACACGGGGCUUUGUAGCUGUGAUCCCAACUGGAUGGGUCCCGACUGCUCCGUCGAAGUGUGCUCUGUAGACUGUGGCACUCACGGGGUGUGCAUUGGCGGAGCGUGUCGCUGUGAAGAAGGCUGGACAGGAGUGGCGUGCGACCAGCGCGUGUGUCAUCCCCGUUGCACGGAGCACGGAACUUGUAAAGAUGGGAAAUGUGAAUGCAGAGAGGGCUGGAAUGGGGAGCACUGCACCAUUGGUAGGCAAACGACAGGCACCGAAACAGAUGGCUGCCCCGACCUGUGCAAUGGCAACGGGAGGUGCACGCUGGGUCAGAACAGCUGGCAGUGCGUCUGCCAGACCGGCUGGAGGGGGCCUGGAUGCAACGUUGCCAUGGAAACCGCCUGCGCCGAUAACAAGGAUAAUGAGGGAGACGGCUUGGUCGACUGCCUCGACCCGGACUGCUGCCUCCAGUCGACGUGUCAGAACAGCCUGCUGUGCCGGGGCUCCCGCGACCCGCUCGACAUCAUCCAGCAGAGCCAUUCUGGUUCUCCGGCUGUGAAGUCGUUCUACGAUCGAAUCAAGCUCUUGGUGGGGAAGGACAGCACUCAUAUCAUCCCGGGAGAAAACCCCUUCAACAGCAGUCUUGUGUCUCUCAUAAGAGGCCAAGUGGUGACUACAGAUGGAACUCCUCUAGUUGGGGUCAACGUGUCAUUUGUCAAGUAUCCAAAGUACGGCUUCACCAUCACUCGGCAGGACGGCACGUUUGACUUGGUUGCAAAUGGUGGAGCAUCGCUGACCUUGCACUUUGAACGGGCCCCGUUCAUGAGUCAGGAAAGGACAGUGUGGUUGCCAUGGAACAGCUUCUAUGCCAUGGACACGCUCGUGAUGAAGACAGAGGAGAACUCCAUUCCCAGCUGUGAUCUAAGUGGUUUUGUCCGCCCUGACCCCGUCAUCAUUUCGUCACCGCUUUCGACUUUCUUCAGCGACGCUCCUGGCCGCAAUCCCAUUGUACCAGAAACCCAGGUUCUUCAUGAAGAAAUUGAGAUCCCCGGCUCUAGUAUAAAGCUCAGCUACCUGAGUUCCCGCACUGCUGGAUACAAAUCCUUGCUUAAGAUCACCAUGACUCAGACGCUCGUGCCGCUGAAUCUGAUCAAAGUUCACUUGAUGGUAGCAGUAGAAGGGCAUCUGUUUCAGAAAUCAUUUCAGGCGUCUCCCAACUUGGCAUAUACAUUUAUCUGGGACAAAACAGAUGCGUAUGGUCAGAAGGUUUACGGGUUGUCAGAUGCUGUAGUUUCUGUGGGUUUUGAAUAUGAGACUUGCCCCAGUCUCAUUUUAUGGGAGAAGAGGACAGCACUGCUGCAAGGAUUUGAACUAGAUCCUUCAAAUUUAGGAGGAUGGUCUCUGGAUAAACAUCACGUACUUAAUGUCAAGAGUGGUAUAUUACACAAAGGCAAUGGAGAAAAUCAGUUUCUGACUCAGCAGCCGGCUGUGAUAACCAGCAUUAUGGGGAACGGGCGCAGAAGAAGCAUAUCCUGCCCUAGCUGCAACGGUUUGGCAGAAGGAAAUAAGCUUUUGGCCCCUGUAGCGCUGGCAGUGGGUAUUGAUGGAAGCCUCUUUGUGGGAGAUUUUAACUAUAUUCGGCGUAUCUUUCCAUCCAGGAACGUUACCAGUAUAUUGGAGCUGAGAAAUAAAGAGUUUAAACAUAGCAACAAUCCCGCUCAUAAAUACUAUCUGGCCGUGGACCCUGUUUCAGGCUCACUGUACGUGUCGGACACCAAUAGCCGACGGAUCUACAAAGUCAAGUCCCUCACUGGCACGAAAGACCUAGCUGGUAACUCCGAGGUGGUGGCAGGGACUGGAGAGCAAUGCCUGCCCUUUGAUGAAGCCAGAUGUGGGGAUGGAGGAAAGGCAGUGGACGCGACCCUAAUGAGCCCUCGAGGAAUUGCAGUGGAUAAGUAUGGCCUCAUGUAUUUCGUUGAUGCCACGAUGAUCAGAAAAGUGGAUCAGAAUGGAAUUAUAUCAACUCUUCUGGGCUCCAAUGACCUCACUGCUGUUCGACCUCUCAGCUGCGAUUCCAGCAUGGAUGUCACCCAGGUACGGCUGGAGUGGCCUACUGAUCUCGCUGUCAAUCCCAUGGACAACUCACUUUAUGUCCUAGAGAACAAUGUUAUUUUGCGGAUCACAGAAAACCAUCAAGUUAGCAUUAUUGCUGGACGCCCCAUGCACUGCCAGGUUCCUGGUAUAGACUACUCUCUUAGCAAACUGGCUAUUCAUUCUGCACUUGAAUCAGCCAGUGCCAUUGCCAUCUCACACACAGGAGUUCUUUACAUCAGUGAGACAGAUGAAAAAAAAAUUAAUCGGCUACGCCAGGUAACUACCAAUGGAGAAAUAUGCCUUCUUGCAGGGGCAGCUUCAGACUGUGAUUGCAAAAAUGAUGUCAACUGUAAUUGCUAUUCUGGGGAUGAUGGGUAUGCCACUGACGCCAUCUUAAAUUCACCAUCUUCCUUAGCUGUGGCUCCAGAUGGUACCAUCUACAUAGCUGAUCUCGGAAAUAUCCGCAUUAGGGCUGUCAGUAAAAACAGGCCCAUUCUUAAUUCUUUUAACCAAUAUGAAGCUGCAUCUCCAGGAGAACAGGAGCUGUAUGUCUUCAAUGCUGACGGGAUUCACCAGUACACUCUCAGCCUCGUUACCGGGGAGUACUUGUACAAUUUCACCUAUAGCAGCGAUAACGAUGUUACGGAGGUGAUGGACAACAACGGCAACUCCUUGAAGGUCCGUCGGGACGCCAGCGGGAUGCCCCGCCACUUACUGAUGCCGGAUAAUCAGAUUGUCACGCUGGCUGUUGGCACUAACGGUGGACUCAAGCUAGUCUCAACACAGACCCUGGAGCUCGGAUUAAUGACAUAUAAUGGAAACAGUGGUCUCUUAGCAACGAAGAGUGAUGAAACAGGAUGGACAUCAUUUUAUGACUAUGAUCAUGAAGGGCGUCUGACCAAUGUAACACGUCCCACUGGAGUGGUAACUAGCCUUCAUCGAGAAAUGGAAAAGUCUAUUACCAUCGACAUUGAGAAUUCUAAUCGGGAUGACGAUGUCACGGUCAUCACAAAUCUCUCCUCUGUGGAGGCUUCCUAUACAGUUGUUCAAGAUCAAGUGAGGAACAGCUACCAGCUCUGUAAUAAUGGUACUUUGAGAGUGAUGUAUGCCAAUGGCAUGAGCAUUAGCUUUCACAGCGAACCUCAUGUCCUGGCUGGGACUGUGACUCCCACCAUAGGACGAUGUAAUAUUUCUCUACCAAUGGAAAACGGUUUAAACUCAAUUGAAUGGCGUCUGAGGAAGGAACAGAUUAAAGGCAAAGUGACCGUGUUUGGAAGAAAGCUCAGG